AUGCUUCGUCUCCAGCUUGGUGUGAUCAUCUGUUGGUCGACGUUAAGGUCAUCAGAUGGUGUCGUAUGUCCCGGAAGUGACCUGCCCUGCAGUCCUGUGAACAGAUCUGUCAUACCCACACCUUCGAUCCCUGUUGUUGACGACUGUGCCCCUCUGAACCCAGCCAGAGGACGGACUAUUCGACAGACGCUAGCAGACGAUACUAUGAAGGACUUCAUAUGGGGACGAGCCGAGGACGUGACCCGAUGCCUCAAUAAUCUCACCAUCACCAACUUCGACGCCCUCUUCACUCUUCACAACCUUAAGUACGGCCUGGCUGAGACCUACGCCUUCACAGACAUCGCUAACGGCUUGGACGACUCUGUGGAGGUCAACACCUGCAACUUCAAGCUACAUUCUCUUGACGUUGACAUCGAAAGUUUCAUUGAUGACAGGAUAAGUGAGUAUGCCGCCGCGCUGAACCCAAUGACUUUGGAGGAAAGGCAGAGGUUCUUCAGUGAGAGCAUCCCUGCGGCCCCUUUUCACUUCGCUCUGCAGCGUCAGUUGAGCCGCUUGAACGACGCUCAUACUCGUUAUGAUACGCCAUACACGGACUUCUACUUUGUGCUUCCAAUUCGCUUCGAUUCGCGUAUGCGUGACGGAGCCCAGGUCGUAACUCUCGGCUUCCCGAAUCUCAACGAGAUGUAUUACCCUGCCGUCUAUGGUAAACCUGUAACUGCCCAUAAGGAAGGUGAUGUCAUUGUUGAAGUUGACGGCAAGCCUGUCCUCCAAUGGAUGCAGGAUGCGGUAUCCGAGAGUGGACCUUACUUGGGGAUCUACCAGGGUCUUCUCCAGAGACUCAAUAACCAUUUCUUUGUUAAGUCUGUCGUCGACAGGAAUUUGCUACAAUUCCAGCCACCAACAGGACCACUAAGUGUCACAUUCGAUGACGGAUCCACCGAGGAGAUAAACUGGCUCGGGCGGUUGAGCGACUAUACCAAGUACACUUUACAGCUCACGGGAGCUGCAACAGCUUUCACUUUCGGUGGUCUGGCCGACCAGGCGAUGGAUGUUGCCUCUUUUGGUGGUGGAAACGUUCUGGAAUAUGAUGACAUAUCCCCUAUAUUGAAUAUUGCCAGUCAUCUCGGGUACUGGGAUACAUUUGGUGAGUCUGACUAG